AUGGCAGACGCCAAGGAUACCAGCAAUGAUCCGGUUUACCUUCUAUCUCUCGACGGCGGCGGGGUUAGGGGGAUAUCCGAGCUUGUCAUACUACACGAGAUAAUGAAGAGACUGCAAAAAGUAGCUGGGCUCAAAGAAUUGCCCAAGCCGAGGGACUAUUUCCACUUGAUAGGUGGUACAAGCACUGGAGGACUCAUCGCCAUCCUCCUCGGGCGCAUGGGGAUGACGACCGAAGAAGCUAUAAAAGGUUACGAAGACUUUGCGGAAACAGUGUUCAGAAAAAGCAACCGACGGCUCCUUGAACGCACAUUCAAGGAAAAGACGCUCGAGAACGUUAUCCGGGACAUUGUCGCCGCGAGGGCGCUGAAGACGACCGUCAUGAUUGACGAAACAAGAGACCGGAAUAGCCUCGGCCACGCCUUUGUAUGCUCCGUGCCGCGAAGUAACAUGUUCGAGGCGUAUCUGUUCCGCACCUACAGGGGCAAGUCCAACCACGCACACAAUGUCGAAAUCUGGGAGGCUGCCCGGGCGACGUCUUCGGCUCCGGGUUUCUUCAACCCCAUACACAUCAAGGUCGAGGCCGUGAAGGAAUACUACUAUGACGGCGCGCUGGCCUACAACAACCCUGCCAAGCUCGUCCUCGACGAGGCCGACUCGUAUCUGGGUUCCGACCGGAAGCUGGGGUUUCUCCUGAGCUUGGGCACGGGGCUCAAAAUCACGGAUAAGGCGUUCAAGGUCGAGGCCGAUGCUGAAAAGGCGGUAGAGCACGCUCUUGAGUUAACAAGGAAGCCUGUUCGGACUCUUAGCGGGUCUCUGCUGUCAUGGGACAGUUUGCCUGUGUAUAAACACAUCAAGACGUCGUUGACGGAUCCCGAACGCACCCACAACGAACUCGACCAGUGGUUCCGCGCUAUCCCCAACGCUUACUUUCGACUUAAUCUGGACAAGGGCGCUGCAGAUAUUAAGCUGAACGAGUAUAAAAAGAUGAAGCUCCUAAGGGAGGCUACGGAGAAGUAUCUGAAGAAGGACGAGGUAUCGGCUUCCAUUGACAAAAUCGUCAGCAUGUUACACAAUAAGGAGGGCGUCGAGAUGCCCCUAGAGGCUACUUGCCGUGCUACUUCAUAUGAGGCAUUCCGGCACGCCAUGGUCCAGGACGUCCGGCAAAGGACCAUAUCCAGCCCCCAGUUCACUGGGAGAGCCGCGAUUCUCGGCAAACUCGACAAACACUUUUGUGAACGGGGGCCUGGGUCGUCGCCUAGGAGGCUUUUCAGAAUUUGGGGCAUGGGCGGUGUCGGAAAGACGCAGAUCGCCUUGAAGUUCAGAGACCUGAAUGGCUCUCGGUUCAACCAUGUCUUCUGGAUCAACGCGGCCACCACGGACUCUAUCUACGAAAGUUUCCGAAAGGUGACGGCGCAGAUCUACGGCGGAAACCCCAGCAGACCCAACAUCACCGGCGUUCUCAACUGGCUGUCCCAAAACCGCCCAGAAGAGUGGCUUCUGGUCUUUGACAACAACGACUCUGACUCCGUCGACGUUAGCAAGUACAUCCCAGCCGGGAACACGGGGAAUAUCCUCUUCACGAGUAGACGGAAGGACAUCAAGCCUACGUUGGAUCAUAAUCAGACGUAUGCUGUUGACAUUAUGGACGAAAAAGACGCCGUCACAUUGCUAUUGCGGUCGUCUAAGCUGGAAGAUCAAUUGCUACAUGGCGACAACGAGCAGCUUGUUGGUCAAAUUGUAAAGGAGCUCGGCUAUCUUCCGCUCGCCAUCGAUCAGGCAGGCUCUUACAUCCACAUGCAAGACUGCACAUUCGGAGACUACCUGUUCGGGUUCCAAAGUGGGCGGAAGCAGCUCAUGGAAGAUCCGUCAAUGGGCCGUGGCGCUUUCAACGAUAACCCAGCAGUGUACGGCACUUUCGAGUUGUCUUACAAGGCGUUGGAGGCGAAGUCAAAAGACAACAGCCGGGAGGGGCGGGCUGCUCUCAACGCACUCCGGAUCCUCUGCAUCUUCUGCUUCUACCACAACGAAAAUCUCACCGAUGAGAUAAUCAGCCGAGCAGCGAUGAAUGACAAAUUCGACAGAGAUGUAUUGGGCGAUAAGGAAAGCGUUGCGCCUCUGGCCCUGUUCAACCUCAAGGGUGAUAAGUCUUGGGAUUCCACCAACUAUACUGAUGGCAUUAGUCUCUUGAAGAGCUACUCUUUGAUCAAGAAGGCGGUGAUCAACGACGAGUGGCAUUCGAUGCAUAUCUUGGUACAUUGCUGGGCCCGCGACCGCAUGCACGAGGAUGCGUACAGCUUUCAUCAUUAUGCGGCGCGCUCCAUCAUCUUUGACUCCUUCGACCAGAAGUUCCGGUUCGAAGAUGAGAGAUUCACCGCGCGGCUACUACUGCACCUCAAGGCGAUCAUGGAGCAUGGAGCACCUGAAGGAGGCGAUUGGUUCAAAGAGACGAGGCAAGAGACGAAGUAUGCAAAGCUCCUGCAGCAUGUCGGCAUGUGGCGCGAGGCGCUCCACGUUCUCGAAAAGACCGUCCAGGAGCGGCGUGAUAACCUUGAGCCGGAACACUGGCUGGUUCCGGACGGUAUUUGGGCCCUCGCCAAGCUGAACAAGGCCUGCUGCAGGUUCGACGAGGCAGUGCUGCUUUUCCAUGAAUGCAUCGACUUGGUGAAUGACUGCUCUUCAAGAGAUUGGGCAGCGAAACAUGUCCAUAGCAUCGGCAUCGACUUCGCUGAGGUGUUCAUCCAGAAGAUGGAGCUCGGCAAAGCCCAGAACAUGCUCGUGUACAUCAUAGAGGAGGCCGAGAAGAAGGGCUCAAAGCACCCGCAGUUCCGCCGCGCCCUUGCCGCGCUGGCGGUGACGAUGCAGCUGGCGGGGAUUAACGAUCAGGCGGAGAAGCUGGAGGCGCGCAUACUGGAACUGUGCCUCAAAAACCCCGCCGUCGGCCCCGGCCACCGCAUGACCAUGAACGCCAUCAGCAACCUCGCGACGCUGCGUUCCGAGAGAGGUGAGCACGAGAAGGCGGACGACAUGUGGCGGCACGUGCUGGAGGUUGACGAGCGGUUCAGGGGCAAGGAGCACCCGAACACGCUGACCUCGAAGCGUAACGUGGCCGUCGGCUGCGUGAAGCUCGAGCGGCUCGACGAGGCGGAACAGAUGCUACGUGAGGUCUUGGAGGCGAGCGAUAGGGUGCUAUGGCGGACACAUCUCGACACGCUCGCGACCAUUGAGUGCCUGGCGGGGGUUCUGUACCAGAAGAAGCAGGUGGACGAGGCGUUGGACCUCCAAGAAGAAUGCUACAACGGUCGGCUGGAAGUGCUUGAGAAUCAGCAUCCGCUUACCGUUAAGGCGGAGGCAGACCUGGGGAAGAUGAGAGACGGCCGGCUCUUGGGUGUCGAGGAGCUCGCACAAGUACAGUGGCAGGGAGAAGCCUUUACUGGAGUCGGGGAUAGCAACUAUGUUCUGCAAGACAUGAAUGACAGAUACCUAUAUUAG